ACAAUGUAUCUCGACAGGCAUAAUACAGUUCUAAGAGGUCUUUAUCACCAUCUGUGUCGCUCUUACCGUGCUGGCUGCAAGCUUGUCGUGCAGAACGCUCUGAGAGAGAUAGAGUCGAUUGUUCAAUAUAAAAAGUGCCAAAUUUUCUAGAACUACGAUUUCGAACAGCAGUCUCCAUUGCACACUCGAGGCCUGAAAUCGUUCUUCAAGACUUCGAGAAACGAACUAUAUUUGUGAUCAAACCCUCAGUUCCGCCUGACUACAACCUCAGUGCCAAGGAGUAGGAGGAGGCAUGUCAAGAGCUUGAUUGGAAGCUAAAAUGAUUGUACCAAAAAUAUUCCGUUAAAGUAUUUGUCAUUGUAAUCAGUGCUCUUAGAGGCGGAUUCAGAAAGCUCACAUACUUCGAUUCCUCGAAAUACACGAGGGUUUGUCCGGCCUGACGUUGUGAUUUCAUCGUGCUCUGUGUUCACUCAUCUCACGUUUAUGAGAUGGGGCCAUAGGUGUAAUGAACCAUGGUUCUACUUGGAGCUGGUGUCAUUUAGAUAGAUGGCAGUUUUUCCAGUGCAACCCGAAAUUUCAAAGUUAGACUUUAACUAACAGUGUUGCAAAUAUUAAGGAAUAUCAUUAUUUAUUUUUUGGGCCCCUCCUAUGAUUCAAUUCGCAAACAUUUGCGUUAUAAAAUAUUUUCAGUAUUAUUGAAAACUAAAAAAAUCUAAAAUGGCAAUAUGAAUUUCUAUUCUGAAGAUGAGAUUCCACAAUUACGAUUUCAUAUAAAAAAUUAAAGAUAUAAUUUUUUUCUAUAAUUCGCGAAAGAGUGCCAGUUUUUCCACCAGUGUUUGGCGUUAAAAGUGACCGAUUUUCGGUCUAUGACGUGGCGAAUGCGCAGUACUGACCUUUCUGGGCAACAGUGAAAAAAGUGGACGGGCGCAGUGAAAAAAGUAAACCGACGCAGUGAAAAAAGUGAGGUACAGUGAAGAAAGUAAAUUUUUUGUUACUUCGGGUGUGUUCAUGGUGCCUCGGGUCUCGUGCAUCGUGCGCAGCUAACUUCAAUCUAUGCUCCGACUCUCGUCCCUAACCUACAUCAAUUUUCAAGUAAAUUUUGAUUCUCAAUGGUUUCAUCGCUUCGAUCAGCUUCGAUGGAUAUGGACGAAAUUGAUGUGAAUAUGUCGCAAGAAUUUCUGGAGUGCAGCCCUGCCGAAGUUUUAGAGAUCGCAAAACAAGCUAUCCGUAAAACACCACCUUAAAAGUCUCGAGUUGUAUAUGAAAAUGCCUACAACACUUUCAUCAAUUGGCAAAAGCAAAAACACACCGUCAGUUUCUCCGAAAAUACUGUGCUUGAGUUCUUUCACGAAAAAUCUUAAAUUUGGAAGCCCUCAACUUUAUGGGCUAACUAUUUAAUGGUGAGAAGCAUGGUUCUUGCUAAUCACGACAACGGCAUCAGCAAAUAUGCAAAGUUAUUAGCAUUCAUAAAAAAUCGAGGAAAAGGGGAGAGUCCAAGAAAAGCAAAAAUUUUCACCUCGGAAGAUGUUGAACGUCUUCUCACACAAUUUCCCAACACGGAAUACUUAGCAAUAAAGCAAACCAUAGUAAUGUGUAAGGAGCAGAAUAAAAGAAUAUUAAUUUUUAAGUAUGAGGAGCAAUUGUAUUUUAAUCCAUAGGUUGCUCUAAUAUUUGGGAUGUCGGGGGCUUGCAGAAGCUAGGAGCUGACGACCAUCACUGUGGACGACAUCAAAUACCUAGGAAAAUUGUACGUGGUUGAUAUUCCUACAAAAAAACUACAAGCCACGUCAAUUUGUAAUUGAGAGCAAAUUCUUUGAAUACAUCGACCAAUACCGAGCCCUUCGUUCCGACAAGCCGUCAACCAACCGAUUUUUCAUUUAAUACUCCAAGGGGAAGUGCCAAAACCAGCCAAUUGGCAUCAACAAGUUUAUGAGUUUAUGCCAAAAAUAAUUGCCUCGUUUCUCGGACUGGCUGAUCCACGCUUAUACACUGGGCAUAGCUUCCGGCGUACUUCAGCCACACUCCUUGUUGACUCGGGUGCGGACCUCACAACUUUAAAACGACACGGUGGACAGACGUCAUCGACCGUUGCUGACGGUUAUAUAGACAAUUCCAUGCGAAACAAAUGUAAAAUUGCUAAUCCGAUAAUGGAGCGAAUCGUAAUUCCACAAACCGCGACAUCUCAUCAACUUCAGCAUCUCGUCGACGACAACAUCCCAUCAACAUCAAGAAAUCGAAAAGAAGAACAUGGCGAACAUUUGCACAAAAAAAUGAAAAUCGGACAAAAAGAAAAAGUGGAAGACAAAAUACUUUCUCCAGGACGACAACCAAAUAUAAUUAUUCAAAAUUGCAAUCUCUAUUUCCACAAUAAUGAUAAAAAUUAAUUACAUCUUGAGAUAUAAUCGCUGAAAAACAAGAAUUUUAUUGGAAAAUAUUUAUUUAAACAAUCGUUUUCGUUUUUCAUUAGUGAAUUUGUAACCUAUAUCUAUCAGUUUUAUAAGAAAAUAGUCAUCACAAUUGUAAUCAUGUCUGGUAGAGAUGUUGGUUAUUUCUUGCAUUUUCGUUUGCUUAUUUUUUAUUUGUAACCAACAAAUUUAAAAAAAGUUUAAAAGGAUACAUGUUCAUUACAAAGUUCAUAUUCAUAAUUUGUAUUUUUAGUUAAUUGAAUACUUACAUGCAAACCAGGAAUCUUUUUCUGUC